AAAAUCCUGAUCCCUAAAGGCAACGUCCGCCGCCGGAACUCCACUCCGUAGCAGACUGACUUACCCCCCAGCAGCCACAAUGGUGGAGAGGUUCUUUUUCACGAGCCAAACUGAUGUCCACCGCCGAGAACCUGACCCAAUUACACUUCUCUCUGGACCUCCCUCCUGGGCUUGGUUACUAAUGGGUGGGAAACGUAAUAAGAGGAAAUCUAAGUGCCCCAUUUUAGCAGCAAGUUGCUUGUUUGCUUCACAAGUCAAGGGCAUUGGAAAGACCUCGAUGCUUUUUCAGUUUGCAUUCAACUCUGCAUCAGAGUCCUGCUCUGGGAAUCGUAAUGUCGUUUUCAUAUGCAAUCGACGCAGGCUAGAGACCAAACCCCCUUUUCUUUCUCAGGGUAUUGAUCCAUCUUCUGAUGUUUUUCAGCAUAUAAAAAUGAAAUACAUUGAAGAUGAUGAAGGAAUCAAGAAGUACUUUGCUGCAUUUCACAUGCACGAUACAUUUCCAGCUGCUAUUGUCAUUGAUAAUUUUGGAGAUUUCUUCAACGAAUGGAAUUGCCAAGAGAGACAUAGGAAUCCUCGUGGAAGAGACUUGGCAAUGGUUCACACCCUAGCUCUGUGUCAUAAUGCAAUAACUCAUGCAAAUCAAAAAGGGCCUUGCCAGCUUUUAUUGUCUGAUACACACCAGGGGGACGCACCAAGAUUGCUGUAUAUCUAUAAGAGGUGGAUUCAAACCAUUUUUGUAGUCAAAGGUGAUGGCUUUGGAUCAUUUCUUUUGAAAUAUAACAACUACGCAGCAAGUGGUAAUGCUAAGAGGACAAGAACAGCAAAGUACUCUAUAGCGUUUCAAUAUCUAUUAUUGGAGGGGAUAACUGAGGACAGUGAUCAAGAAUUGCUGACAGAUUAAGUUUAUUGACAUGGAAUUCCAAAGUGAUAAUUUUAUAGCUCUUCGGCAAAAACUUAUUGAGGAAUAUCUAAAGACUGAAGGAAGUCAGUAGCAAAGUUGUUAGAUUCAUGUAUUGGGCUUUUAUUUUGCGGUCACUCUCAGCUCAAUGAAAAUCUGCAGUUUGGACAAGUAAACUUGUGAUUAAGAAUGUAAUUUAACUCUGGGACACAUUAUUCUGAACAUAUGAAUUUGAGCUUAGUUCAGAAGUGGACCAAAAAACGAAAGGGAAAUUUUAGGAUUUUUGCUUGUGCUUUCCCUUCUGGAACCCUACUUUUAGGGAACAAAAAAUUUAGUUGGAUUUAACAUGGCAUUACUUAUAGCAUCUAUGAUUCACAAAGUUGGCACCCAGGAUUCAGGUUUGCUUCGACACUCAAAUGUCAUUAGAGCUGGGUUACCUCAAUGCUCAUGUUGCU